UCCCACCAUCGUUUGUGUUUUCAUUAUCUCUCUCGUUUCUACUCUAAAAGUUAAAGAAAAAAAAAAGAAAAAUAACUAAAAUAAAAGUCGCUUCGCUGUGAAAAUAAAAGAGAGAUCCGAAUCCAAUCUCAUCUGUAAUCUUUCUGAUUCACUCUCAGACAAUGCUCUGCUAUGUCGGAAAAGCCACCAAGAUUUUUAUUUUCAUCGUCACCGUUGCUGUCGUCAUUGGUCUUGUCGUAGGCUUGGGUGUCCUCCGUCGUAACUCACACCACUGCUCCGGCGACUAUUGCUCAUCUCCCGCCGAUUCUUCUUCUUCCUCCUCUUCCUCUGCUUCCCCUUUCAUAACUCCCUUUCCUAACCCGAACCCGAAUCCAAACCCGCCUGUCCUCGGAUCUUCCCCCCCUGCCCCACCCGGCUCAUCACCACCAAACCCAUUUGUUCCAGUCACCCCAACUCCACCGGCGCCGAUCGUAAAUCCGAAUUCACCUCCUCCGCCGGAUUCAGAUACAACCACCGCACCUCCUCCACCUGCACCGCAGUCAUCAUCAAUCGCGCCGCCGCCACCACCAGCGGAAGAAUCUGCAUCGCCGCCGUUAAGUCCGCCGAGCUCCGUAGUCAACACUCCCGCUCCAGUGCAUGCGAAGCUGGUCAACGACUAAAGUUAGAUCGACCACACGUUUGUAAAUUCGGACAUCUCUUUAUCACUUUUCAGUUCUUGAACUUGAUUCGUUUGUUUGUUUGUUUGUUUUUUCCUAAUUAGAUCAAAUGUUCUAAGCUUUUAAAUCAAGGCGAAAGUUUAGUCUCAUUUACUUAAAUCAUAUAGGAAGAGAGAUUAGGUUGAAUGCUUAAACACUUCAUU